UGAAUCAAAUCAAUAACAAAAGAGGAUUAGAUUGUUAUAUCACAAAAAGAAGAAAAAAAAUGGAACCAUUAUGUGAUUUUUGUGAGGUGGUGAGGGCAGUGAUAUACUGCAAAUCAGAUUUGGCUCGUCUUUGUUUGCAAUGCGAUGUUUGUGUACACUCUGCGAAUCUUUUAUCUCGAAGACACGAACGGUCAUUACUGUGCGACAAUUGCAAUAGACAGGCUGCGAUGGUCCGAUGUGUGGAUGAGAAGAUGUCACUGUGCGAAAGCUGUGAUUGGAGCUAUGGUGGCGGUAGCUGCUCAGCCACCGGACACCGCCACCGCCAGCCCAUGUAUUCCUACACUGGCUGUCCUUCUUUAGCCGAGUUUUCCAAUAUAUUCGAGUCAUUUCUCAAUGAGCCUUGUUUAGAUGCUAAUCAUGGUUGGGGUUCUAAUGUAAUAGAGCCUAAUAAAGAUCAAGCUAUCAAAUCAUCAUCAUCUUCUAUUGCUAUCCAAAAUGUAGAUUGUAUGCCUUAUUUUCAAGAUCAAUUACCUUUCUUUGGUGAUGACUCUGUUCUCUCCAAGGAUCAUUCAAAGCUCAAGGACCAGAAUAUUAAUAUUCCUGAUGGGAAUGAUCUAUUUAUAAGCCUAAACAUGGAUGCAAUGAACUUUGGAAGUAAUAAUAAUGAAAUAUUUAACUCUUCACAAGCUUGUAUGAAUAGGUACCCGUUUGAGAGUGGAGGACUGGAUAGUACUAUACUAAUGGAUAAAAACUUAUCAGCUACAGAAUCCAAUGGUCAUACUGAAAGUGCUAUGGAGGCAUCUUCAUCAGGUCAGCAGCAAGAUUGCAUGGCUUUUCAGGCUUCUCAAGUGUGUGGUACAGCUAAUGUGAUGCAACCAACAAUGGAUGGUGGUUCUAAUUGCUUGCUUUUGAAUCCUACUUUCACUUCUGGCCAAGUUCAUAGCUCUGGCGCCAUUUCCCUAUCCAACAUUACCGGCGAAAGUAGUGCUACUGAUUAUCAAGAUUGUGGGAUGUCACCAGUUUUUCUAACUGGAGAAUCUUGGGAGUCAUCUCUAGAAGUUAGCUGCCCCCAAGCUAGAGAUAAAGCUAAGAUGAGAUAUAAUGAAAAGAAGAAAAACAGAACGUUUGGGAAACAAAUAAGGUAUGCAUCUCGGAAAGCCAGAGCUGAUACUCGAAAACGCGUAAAGGGUAGAUUUGUGAAAGCAGGAGAAGAAUAUGAUUAUGAUCCUCUAAUGACAAGCAGUGGUGACUUUUGAUCAUGGAUAGGAUCAUCAUCAUCAUCAUCAUGAAUCCUUUAAUUUUCAAGAACAAAGUCUAGUUCUCUCUUCUAUCAAAUCUUCAUUCACACCAUUUCCUCUGUCCAGAAAUUUCAUGGUUUUUCUAGUCCAUAUGGAGAAACAAAAGGCUCACUCAUUUGAUGCGCAAUUUACAUGGUACACAUAAUUAUAAAACAGUUUUCAGUAGUAAAAGAAAAAAAAAAUUGUUUAUUAGGCAGGCACUAAAUUUUUUUAUUGUUAGCUAGUAAGUAAUACUUUAUUUUUGUGUCCCUCUGAUGUAAAGUCAUUAGACAAAUUUUGUUAAGGAAAUAAUAUGAUCAUUUACAUAGGAAUUUUCUCAAAAGUAAAAAGAAUUUACACUGAAAGAAUAUAGAAAUAACACUAAUUAAGUUAUACUUAUGUUAUCUUAGCCUUGUCAUUCUGUUUCAUAUGGGGACAAUUUCAAUAGCCGAAUAAUGUUUUUGGUUAAUCAU